AUGUCGAGUCUGGGGCAGUCGGGUCCGAAUAGCCAUCCAGGCCUCGCCUUUCCCCAGCCGGGUAGCCUCCGACGAAGUCACGGCGGCCCAGGCUUCCCGCCACUGCAACACGCGAAUCCUGCCCAAAAGCCAUCGCCAGGCCCUCACAACGCGUCGCCUUAUCAACAACAAGCAUACACGCCUCAGCAGCCGCCCCAGGCUCAAUAUCCCCAUCAUCUCUUUCAGACACCGACGCCCGUCAAUGGCAAUGUCAACGGAUCCUCGCGUCCCCCGAGCCACGUUCCCAAUGCCGCAGCCCUCGGUCGUCAGAGGGGGCCUCCCCAGAGGCAGCAGAUGCCUCAGAACGGCCCUAACCUGUUUCUUCCUCUAGGCAAUCAGCAUAGCCUCGGUCAGCAACAAGGACUCGGUCAACAACAGAGCCUGGGUCAACAACAGGGCCUGGGAGGCCAGCAAAGUCUCAGUCAUCAACAGGCUCUCGGCCAGCAGCAAGGCCUGGGACAACAUCAAGGCCUUGGUCAACAGUCUGCCCUCGGCCAGCAGCAGGGCUUGAGUCACCAGCAGAGUCUGGGUCAACAGCAGGGCCUCGGCCAGCAGCAGGGUCUGGGUCAGCAGCAUCAACAUCAGCAGCAUCAGCAGCAUCAGCAGCACCAGGCACACCAGCAACAUCAGGCACACCAGCAGCAACAACAUCACCAGCAGCAGCAGCAACACCAACAACACCAACAGAGCCUGAGUCAACAGCAAACCCUGGCACAGCAGCAACAACAACACCAGCAGUCUCUCAGUCAGCAACAAAAGCUGAGCCAGCAGCACAGUCUCCAUCAGCAGCAACAACAGCAGCAGCAGCAACAACAACAACAACAACAACAACAACAACAACAACAACAACAACAACAACAGCAGCAGCAGCAGCAGCAGCAGGCGCAACAGCAGCAGCAGGCGCAACAACAGCAGCAGGCGCAACAACAGCAACAGCAACAGCAGCAGCAGCAGAUCAAGACUGAGCCAAUCGUGCCGCAGCAUACCCCUCAAGCUCAGACUCUGUCACAGCCCACACCUCCGACAGUUCAACAGCAGCUGCCGCAGGUUGCUCAAGUUGCUCAAGUCCAGCAGGUGCCCCAACAAGUCCAGCAAGUCCAGCAAGCCCAACAAGUGCCUCAGGCUUCUCCAGUCCAGCAACAGGUCCAGCAGACGGCUCAGAAUCGACCCGAGACGCCUGCGCAGGCCAGCGAUCACCAUGCGGAGAGUAUGGAGGUCGAUGCGUCCCUGGCCGAGGCUGACGAUUCCCUCGAACCCAAGAUGAUCGAUGGGGCGCCAUUCGUUCCACGGACGCCAAUGGGAGAAAUGAUGUCUGCUCCUCCCGAGGGAGGCAGCUUCCCAACCUUGGAGGCGGUGCACAAGAGCGUUCUUGCUUACUGCACAUCAGUGGGUUACGCAAUCGUCAUCGGCCGCUCCAAGAAGACAGUUCCUGGCCUCAAAAAGGUUCUGUUCGUGUGUGACCGGGCGGGCAAACCCCCGAGUCGCGUCAGCCCCGAGUUCCGCAAGCGCAAGACGUCAUCGCGCAAAUGCGACUGUCAAUUUGGUUUCUUUGCCAUCGAGCAGCGGACCCAGUGGACGAUUCGAUACCGCCCGGAUCCUCAGCAUCUGCAGCACAACCACGGACCUAGCGAAAGCCCGCUCCUCCACCCGGCAGCUCGCAAGUUAGACAGCAAGAUGGUGGCCGCCGUCAAGGCUCUCAAGGAGAACGGGGUUAGUGUAAACGAGACACUGGAGAUACUGCAAGGCGAAAACCCUCAUGUCCCCCUCCUUCCUCGCGACAUCUACAACGCUAGAGCUGCAAUCAACCGGAACCCGCAAAAGGUGGCCACGGGGUUGGCAGAGAACAGACCGGCCAUUUACAGUAAACCACACCCUACGGCGGAGGAGCGGAUUCGGGCAGAUCUUAGAAAGGAACUCGCCAAGGCUCGCGAGGAAUUUGACAAGUUCAAGGAAGACAAACAGAAAGAGGUGGACGAGUUGAAGAAGAAAUUGGUGGAAAAGGACCAGAUCAUUGAAAGGUUUGAGAUGUUCAUCGACAUUUGCAAUCAGCGGGUCAUGGUUCAACGGGAGAGGCUCGGCGGUCCAGAAGGGUCUGGCAACAAUGGCACGUAG